AUGGGUGGUGUUACAGUCAAGGACGUCGAGGCGCAAAAGUUCAUCGGCGCAUAUGCCGCUUUCUUGAAGAGGCAGGGAAAGCUCCCCAUUCCAGGCUGGGUUGAUACUGUCAAGACUUCCGCCUCCCGCGAGUUGCCUCCCCAGGAUAUCGACUGGUUCUACGUCCGCGCCGCUGCCGUUGCACGCCACGUCUACAUGCGCAAGACUGUCGGUGUUGGCCGUCUCCGCAAGGUCCACGGUGCCACCAAGAACCGCGGUUCCCGCCCCUCGCACCACGUCGAUGCCUCCGGCUCCGUCGACCGCAAGGUCAUGCAGGCCCUUGAGAAGAUCGGUGUCCUCGAGCAGGAUGAGGACAAAGGUGGCCGCCGCAUCACACAGUCUGGCCAGCGUGAUUUGGACCGAAUUGCGCAGACCACCCUCGAGGCUGACGAGGAAGAGGACGACGAGUAG